UCUUGUUUUAAAAACCUCUCUCUCUCUCGCGUCGCUCGCUCGCUCAUCGACUUGUUUCGAUCUACUCUUGCAAAAUCCGAAAACAUGGCUCUACCUAACCAGCAAAUCGUCGAUAAUGGAGGAGGCACAGGGACCGUAUUAGUGAAUGGUGAUAAGAAGAAACCUGCUCUUCUUGGUAAGCGAAAGAGGAACACGAAGAAGGAAGCUGAGAAGAAAGAUGUGAAGAAACCCCGAGCGACCAGAACCAGACCACAACAACAGACUGAGUACUUUGAGGACAAACGUAAUCUGGAAGAUUUGUGGAAGGCUGCAUUUCCAGUGGGAACUGAGUGGCAUAACUUAGAUGCAGUUUAUAAUGAAUUCAAUUGGGAUUUCAAAACUCUUGAAGAAGAAUUUGAGGAAAGAGGAAUUCUCUAUGGCAAGAAAGUCUUUGGUUUUGGCAUUACUGAAUCUGACAUCAAAGGAAUAGUCCAUGUCCCAUCAGUUGUUGCUGUUGAAUCACCAUUUCCGCCUUCUGAUAAGUUAGCAAUCACAUCGGUUCAGGGUGCAGCGGAGAAAAUCGUUCCAAUGAAGCAGAUGAAAAUGGACUGGGUUCCUUACAUUCCUUUUGAAAAAAGAGAUAUACAAGUUGAUAGGAUGAGCUUUCAAAUUUUUAUCUUGGGCUGUACGCAGAGGAGAUCUGCUCUCAGACAUUUGAAGGAAGAUCGUAUCAAGAAGUUCGAGUAUUCCCUUCCUUAUUUCUAUAACCCGUUUGUGGAAGAUGCACUUGAUCAGAGUACUGAGGUUGACAUUGUGUUCCCCUCUGAACCGGCGCCAGUUGUAUGUGUGUUUGACUGGAAGUAUACCAAACUUCAGGAAUUGGUUGAUGAUCAGAUUGAAGAGGAAAAAUUAGCUGCUGAGAAAGAGGAUGAAUUCAAAGAGUUUGUGAAAGAGCAAGUUCGAGCAGCAAAGAAAGCAAAUAGAGAGGCCAGAGAGGCUCGAGAGAAAGCAAUAGAGGAAAUGAGUGAAGAGACUAAGGAAGCCUUUCAAAGCAUCAAGUUCUACAAAUUCUACCCUCGCCCUUCACCCCAUGUCCCUACAUUCCUGACGACGUCUUUCAUUAACCGAUACUACGGGAAAGCUCAUCAAGUCCUUUGAAGUGGAGUCAUCAGAAAAUAGCUUUUCUUCCUCUAUAGUUAAAAAAGCCAAGUUCGAAAAUGUCUUUUAUUCUUUUUCAAUUCUAUUCUCCUCUAGAAAGAAAUUAUACAUCAGUAGUGAGUAUUUUCCAAUCCCUAAGAGCUGUGGGAUAAUUUGACCUUUUUGUGAAUUCUAUCUACCUUCCAAGAGUUCGUUUGGCAGUCUCAAAAUAUGACUUGUUUCGUGUGUUAUAUAGUCUUUGUAUAAAAAAACCAAAAAAGAAAAAAACAACCCACCUGGCUCCAACACGAGUCUCUAGAGUUUGCUAAUAGGACUUAGGUUUGCCUAGAUGAGCUUCAUGUUACCUACCUUUAUGUUACUAAUUCAUCCUUAAAAAAUAUGUUUGUGUUGAUGCAUUUAGCGUGUAUGUUGUUAACCUCUGAUUAAUUUUGAUGAGACCAAAUUUGUUAAGAGAAUCUGACAGGAGGGUUUAAGAAGUAUGAACGUAACUAAGUACACUUGCAAGCCCCCUGUAACAUUGUAAUUAGCCUUUAUCACAGAUUCUGAUGAGGUAUAAAUUACAGUAUUGUUUUAUGAAAAAUAUUUAGGUUCUCCAUUCACCUCCUUCUUUUCAACCAAUCAAAAUCUUCU